CGUGUGAACUGAAGCCUUUACAGAAAGAACCUGCUGCCGUUCAAACCGCCGCAGCGAGACAACGAAGAAGAGGACGAAGAUAGUGAUGCAGGCAGACAGGAUCCUGCAUUAUGAGGAAGCUGCAGCUGGUCAGCAGCUGCAUGUGUACAUCACUUCAGGCUUUAGCUCACAAUUUAGCUUCAGAAUGAAGUGAAACCCUGAGUAUAAGUCGAAUCUGGUUUGUUUUCACAAAGAUAAAGUCCCACUUCCGUAGUCUCAAAUAGUCCCUCCUCAGUUUUUCAUAACCGACUUGAAAAUGAUCCAUCUGCCAACGGUCUCCAGUACCUGUUGAACCUGCUGGUUCACUGCACUGAGUGAGGGGCAGGGAAGCAACCUGGACCGUUUACCAGGGCAACAAACGGCAACAAGGAGACGCACGACAUAAAGCCAUACACACACUCACACAUACGGACAAUUUGGAGAGACCAGUCACCCUCAGAGUGGUGUUUUUGGUCAGGGUGGGAGCAGAAGUACCCAGAGAAAACGCAAGCACACUCAGGGAGAACAUGCAGGAAUUCUCAGGUUGAAGAUGUGUGGCAUCUGGGCUUUGUUUGGCAGCGAUGAGUGUCUGUCGGUUCAGUGCACGUGUGCUAUGAAGAUCGCUCACAGGGGCCCCGAUGCUUUCCGCUUUGAAAAUGUCAACGGUUUCACCAACUGCUGCUUCGGCUUCCACCGGCUGGCCAUUGUGGACCAGCUGUAUGGUAUGCAGCCGCUACGAGUCAAGAGGUUCCCUUACUUAUGGCUCUGCUACAACGGAGAGAUUUACAACCACCAAACACUGAAGACAAAGUUUGACUUUGAUUAUCAGACUAAAGUAGACGGUGAGGUUCUGCUCCAUCUGUACGACCGCUUUGGAAUCCAGAAGAUGGCUUCUCUCCUGGAUGGAGUGUUUGCUUUCAUCCUGCUGGACACGGCCAACAGAAAGGUCCACCUGGGGAGAGACACAUACGGCAUCCGGCCGCUCUUUAAGCUCCUCGCCGAUGAUGGCUUCCUUGCAGUCUGCUCAGAGGCCAAAGGCCUUGUAGAGAUCACCCACUCCAUGGAAACCGCUGCCAGCAUCGUUCCCUUCCUCCCUGGCCACUUUGAGGUCUUUGACUUGAAGCUUAAUGGCAAAGUUCAGUCGGUUCAGUUUGAGCAGUUUCACUGCUGUACCAGAGAGCCGGCUCACGCCCUGUACGACACGGUGGAGGGACUGUCUUCAGAUUUUGGGGAGGAAACGGUGAAACGUAACAUCAGAAGUCUGUUUGAAAACGCUGUGAGGAAACGCCUUAUGGCCCACAGACGCAUCGGUUGUCUGCUGUCAGGCGGUCUGGACUCCAGUUUGGUUGCGGCCAUGCUGCUGAAGCUGUCCAAAGAGGAGAAGCUGCCGUACUCCAUUCAGACGUUUUCCAUCGGCUCUGAGGACAGUCCUGAUGUCAUUGCUGCUGAAAAGGUGGCCGCUCACAUCGGCAGUGAGCACCACAAGGUGGAGUUCACAGCAGAGGAAGGAGUAAAAGCUGUGGAGGAGGUCAUCUUCCACCUGGAGACCUACGACAUCACCACUGUCCGAGCCUCUGUUGGGAUGUACUUGGUAUCCAAGUACAUCAGGGAGAAGACAGACAGUGUGGUUAUCUUCUCUGGAGAGGGCUCUGAUGAGCUGACUCAGGGUUACCUUUACUUCCACAAGGCUCCAAGUGCCAAAGCAGGAGCAGAGGAAAGUGUCCGCCUCUUAAAGGAGCUCUACCUGUUCGAUGUUCUUCGUGCUGAUCGGACCACCGCUGCACACGGCUUGGAGCUCAGAGUGCCUUUCUUGGACCACAGAUUCACAGCCUACUACCUUUCCCUUCCUGAGGAGAUGAGAACUCCUAAGGACGGAGUGGAGAAACAUCUCCUCAGGGACUCUUUCAAAGGCCUGAACUUGAUUCCUGAUGAGAUCCUUUGGAGACGGAAGGAAGCCUUCAGUGACGGUAUGACAUCUGAGAAGAAGUCCUGGUACACCUACCUGCAGGAGCAUCUGGACUCUGUGGUCAAUGACAGCCAGAUGGAGAAGGCUGAGCAGACUUUUCCCCACAAUCCCCCCAAGACCAAAGAGGCCUACUACUACAGACAGGUGUUUGAGAAGUUCUUUCCGGGCCGGGCCCAGUGGCUGUCCCAUUACUGGAUGCCUCGUUGGAUCAGAGCCACUGACCCGUCAGCACGGACCUUGUCCAUCUACAAGCCUGACAACAAACAACAGUGAUUGGCCGGAGCUCCUGUGUGUUCUGCCUAUGAAGAUGUCAGGCUGUUAUGGCUGUCAGAGAUUAGAGGUCAGCUGGAGACAGAGCUGACUUUGGGACUCCACGUUGUCUCUGCCUUUAGUCCACAGCUGUAUAAGCAGCCCAUGAUGCUGUGUAGAAGCUCUAAGACAUCUUCAGUCUUCAGAUUUUGUUUAUUUUUCUACAAUUUGUUGCUAGCGCUCUGAGGAACAGUGUGUUGGUCUCUGUUAGUCUAUCUGAACCUAAAAGCAUCCAACUCGCCCUCUGUUGGUGUGGAGCUCCUGGCAGCUCUGCAGCGUUCGGUUUGUCUGAUGUUCACCACCGGAAGCUGGAGCUGAUCGCCUGCCUAAUGGUCUGUUAAAUAAAAGCAAACUCUGUAAA